AGCUAGUAACCUACUGCUACAGCACGCUGCUCGAAUGGCCCAACACAGCGGUAGCUAUCUACGUUUAAGCUUCUAAUGUAGGCAUUGUAUUCAGUUAAUAACAAUAGAAAGGGACAAAACAAAGACAUAAUAUAAUGACGGAAAAUUCCUAUAACAAGAAGCCAUCACUUGAUCGCAGGAACGAUGUACAGUCAUUUGGACAAAGAAUACUUUUUACAGGUCCUGAUGGAAUCGGUGACUACAGACCGAGAACAUCCGACUUGCCUCGGUACAUUGGCGAGCGCCCAAUGGCUCAGGGUGAGACGGGCGACCUGGGCUACUUGUGGCGCCCAGCCCCCGGCGCUCCUCCACCUAAACCCAAACAUUGCUACGUUGGAGCAGUGGGCUGGGGGCUGCCGUAUAGCUGGGCGCUAAACGAAAGGGCCAUGCAGAGCAACAUGCAGAUCAAGCUAGGAGAAUUCCGCACUGCUUUAGAAGAAAGAAUGAUAUACAGCUAUCACAAUCCAUGGCAGCCACCUCCCACUGUUAUAGACCAACUGCCUGCAGGAGCUAGAGGCCGACUUGCAUGGGAUCACGACAUAAAUAGUGAGAAAUUCCACGAUCAAUACAGACAAUCCCUUCUCAACAAGAAUAAACUGGAUCAGAAUACAGGUUAGGACUCUUCACCGUCGAGCGGCAGCAGUAUUCCGGAAAUAAAUCAGCACCGCAGUAGAGUUUAUGGAGGACAAGUCACCAUAAUUACCAUAAAAUAUUUCAAUUAGUUUUUUUAAAAAAAGGAAAAAAUGUAUUUUGUUAAAUAAUCUGGCUCUUACAGGCUUUGAUUGUUUUUCUUAUUUUUGCACUGGAUAUUUAACAUGUAAACAUGUAUUUAACAAGUAAAUACUUUAUUUUAUGUGAACAUGAAGUUGAAUAAAGAAGAAUACAAGCUGACUGGUAUUGAGACCAUGGUGGUCUAUUUAAGAGCAAGAAUGUUGAAUGUGUUUCCAUUACAUUAAUGCCAAUAGACAUUGAGCCUAUAUGCAUUAUGCACUGAUACAUAGAAAGGCCAAAUAUCCGGACAAAAUGCUGAAUAAAUUAGAACACGUUUCAUUUACAAUUGGCUAUGGCCAUUGCAUGUAAUAGUGGUCCGUUGAACUUCUUGACUGAGGCAGCUAUGAACUGAAUCAUCAUGACAGUAUGCUACUUUUGGACUGCUACUUUGGGUGGUAGCCUAAUAAAGCAGGCAGCUGCCGAGCUCAGUGCACAAAAUGCUUUGGUUGCGAUUAGAAAUUUUGCACAGUGUGUCACUUCAAAACGCAUUAGUUAGCUCAGUAAAUAGAGAGGACAGGUGGAGUUAUGAGGAAGCUGGUUUACAGUGUUGUGGGUUUUCUAGCAUCAACAAGUGCCUGGAAGACAAAUCCCAACAUUUAAUGAGUACUGUUUUUUUGUUCCCAACUCAGAAAAUUAUUACUAUAUUUCUGAACGAAAACUUCAGCACACCAACAAAUUGUAGGAAUUUUGUAUACAGCAUUGAUAAUGGCAACAAUCAUGUACUCUUUUUCAGAAAGCGUCAUAAUUGUAGAAUAUUUACAGUUAUCAAGACAUGAUUGUCAAUACUUCAGUUAAAUUUGAACAAUUUAAAUAAGCGCAAGUAAUUUUAAAAACAUAAUUACGUAUGAAGCAACAACAAUAUUUUGGGGAAGUAUUUUUCUAUCAGUGAACAAUUACACCACCAGUCCUAGAUACGUCAUCUGAAGAGUGCAAAGCUUCCGAGCAACUGUGGUGGAUAUAGACCAGGUGACACUGGGCCACACGUAAUUACACAGUGAUCUGAAGAUAAGUCUUCUAUUUGAAGACUUCACCGCGUUUGACGUAAACAUGGUUAGCCUUAUCGACAAAUCCAUUCUGGCUACAGCCAGUUCAAAUUCCACCUCAAAACCCAAACACUUAAGAACACAUUCAGAAGUCAUAAAAGCCAAGGUAGCAUGAGAAUGUCAACAUGAUUCAAGAUGCACAUGUAUACUUGACCUGAGGAAGACCUGAGGGUCAAAACGUUGUUUGUAAAAUAGUUUAAUAAA